GGCCCCCAUGGCGUUAGCGUGUGGUGAGCAGGUGUGCCCUGUGCCACCCCGAGAGGCUGAGCCUGCGAGUAGGAGCCUCCGUAGGUUGGGGGCCUGUGGCCGGAGCACAGACCCUCCCGAAAGGUUCCCAGGCAGCUGUGGGCAGGGCAGCGGUGAGGAGGGAGCUGGUCCCUAUCAGCGGACGUCUUUCUGGUUAGAGGUUUUAUCACGUUCCGUGACCUCUGCUACGUUAUUAAACAGCCGGUUACUAGAAAGAGCUCUGCAGCCGUCUCGCGUCCCUCCACCUGUGCUCGUGAGAGAAGAGUUGCAAAGCAGAGGAGCAAAGAGGAGAUAGUGAAAGCCACCCCUGUUUUGGGGGUGCCUCCUCCCGCCUCCUAUUUCCUGCUGCAGCCCCAGGGAGGGACCUGUCGUGGGGGGAGGCGUGAGAGAGUGCUGGCCACCUGAAGGCGAAGCCGGCCGUGGGGGCGGGGUGGUGAGACUGGGGAGAGCAGGGACAGGCCCCCUGAGUGAGUGGUUGGGGCCCACCCUGGCUCACGCGUCCCUGCCCGCAGCAUCAGAACGGGAUGUACGGCCUGCACCAGGGCGUCCACCACUUCAGCUCCUUUGACGGGGUGCGGAGCCUGCCGCUGCUGCUACGCGGAGCCGCCGUCCGCACAGGCAUCAUCGGGAAGAAACACGUGGGGCCGGAGACCGUGUUCCCCUUCGACUUCGCGCACACGGAGGAGAACGACUCCGUUCUCCAGGUGGGGCGGAACAUCACCAGAAUUAAGCUGCUGGUCCGGAAGUUCCUGCAGACAGGGGACAGCAGGCCUUUCUUCCUGUACGUGGCCUUCCACGACCCUCACCGCUGCGGCCACUCCCAGCCCCAGUACGGGACCUUCUGUGAGAAGUUCGGCAAUGGGGAAAGCGGCAUGGGGCGGAUCCCUGACUGGACCCCACAGAUCUACGCCCCACAGGACGUACAGGUGCCUUACUUCGUCCCCGACACCCCGGCAGCCCGGGCUGACCUGGCCGCUCAGUACACCACCAUCGGCCGGAUGGACCAAGGGAUAGGGCUGGUGCUCCAGGAGCUGCGGGCAGCCGGCGUCCUGAACGACACCCUGGUGAUCUUCACCUCCGACAACGGGAUCCCCUUCCCCAAUGGCAGGACCAACCUGUACUGGCCGGGCACUGCGGAGCCCUUGCUGGUGUCGUCCCCAGAGCACCCACAACGCUGGGGCCAGGUCAGCGAGGCCUACGUGAGCCUCCUAGAUCUGACACCCACGGUCCUGGACUGGUUCUCCAUCCCCUACCCCCGCUACGCCAUCUUCGGCUCGAAGACUGUCCAGCUCACUGGCCGGUCUCUCCUGCCAGCGCUGGAGGCGGAGCCCCUGUGGACCACCGUCUUCGGCAGCCAGAGCCUGCACGAGGCCACCAUGUUCUACCCCAUGCGCUCCGUGCAGCGGGGGGCCCUCCGCCUCGUGCACAACCUGCACUUCAGGAUGCCCUUCCCAGUGGACCAGGACCUCUACGUCUCGCCCACCUUCCAGGACCUCCUGAACCGCACCACCGCCGGCCAGCCCACGGGCUGGUACAAGGACCUGCACCAGUUCUACUACCGGGCACGCUGGGAGCUCUACGACCUCAGCCAGGACCCCCACGAGACCCAGAACCUGGCCGGUGACCCGCGCUACAGCCAGGUGCUGGACCUGCUCCGGACCCAGCUGGCCAAGUGGCAGUGGGAGACCCACGACCCCUGGGUGUGCGCACCCGAUGCAGUCCUGGAGGAGAGGCUCUCACCCCAGUGCCGGCCUCUCCACAAUGAGCUGUGAGCGCCCCGGGCACAACCAGUUUUGGGCAGUGACCACAGCCCUCCGUGUCCAUCCAGGGAGGUCUCUCUCACAUGCUGGCCUCAUUCGCGCCUCUGCUGGGAGAGGAGUAGAGGGAGUGUGCCCAGCCCCCCAACUCGUGGCACAGGACAUCACUGUCCCUGUGUCUGUGUCCCAGCACAGGAAUCCCAGGGGGGACCUAGGACAGGGUGGGAUUGCAGCCCUUGCCAGGUGAGGGUGGUCUGGACCAGGGGUCUUGUUUUCUGGGUUGGUAUCCUGGGCUCGACCCUUCUCCUCUAGGAACCACAGGUGUCCCUGUGCCCUUCUCGCGGGAGGAGACCAGGCCUCGUGUGCCACGUGGGUGGUGGGUGGGCCCAGAUCCCACUCUGGGGGCGCAGUAUUGACUUGAUAACUCUGGCUCUGAGGAAACCUUGGAAAGAGCCACGGUCAAGUUCCCGGCCCAGGCUGGGUUUCCACUGGGCCACCAGUUCCCAGCAGGCCCAAAUGAUGAGUUUGAUCCUGUGGUCAUCCACCUUCUCAUGUCCAGGGUUGAGGUCCCCACCCUCAGGCUGGUUCCCUGUGUGGAGGACACGUAGGUCUGCUGUGGACGCUGCUCCUGGAAUGUCCCAGAACCGCCUGCCCCGCCCACCCUAGGAGCAGAGGCUGCACCUGGGAAAACGCGGGAAGGGGCUUUCACCCUGGAUGGGGGUCCUUCGCCCCUCCCUCCCCAUCAGCUCCGUCCUGGAGGCAUAGAGAGCCAGGGGCCAGAACACUGUAAAAGCUUAUUUUAAUAAAACGCACCAAAGCCCUCUUCUGAA